CGUCACCCCAAAUACUACGACUUAUCAAAAAAAAAAUUCGCCUAUCAAUGACCGACGAUGAUCCCAACCAUGACCAAUCCUACUGAUUAAACUCUCCUUGAUAAUUAUCUGGACUAUUUUCCACUUUUUUCCCUAAGUGGAGGGCCCGAAAACGUCCGGGGUCAAAGCAGCCAGACCGUCCUUGCUUCCCCUCUCCGUCUAUCAAGGCCAGCCAUUUUGAUAUAUGAACCCUGAGGGUCAGCAUCUUGGAAUUCUCUCCAGAAAAAAGUACGCGCAGAAAAUGGAAAUUUGGGUACAUCGCUUGCCCAUUGAAUUGACUCGUUCACCUCUUGGCUGAAACCCUCAUCAUCUGUGUCAUACGCGAAUAAAUCUCCGUAUGGACCUGGAAUCUAACUCCCAGCCCCUUAAACCGUUCUCGGUCGAUCAAAGUGUCCAAGAUGCUCACGAUCUCGCGGCCAUGGGCCAUGACCAGGCCCUCACUCGCAAAUUCGAUUUGUGGAGCAUGUUAGCCUUGGCGUUUUGCGUCUUGGGAACAUAUUCAACAUUCGCUCAGGAUCUUAGCAGCGGUUUGACCAACGGUGGUGCGAUCACCAUUUUGUGGGGUCUCGUUCUGGUCACAGCAUGUAACCUCUGUGUCGCUGUAUCCCUUGGCGAGCUCGCCAGUAGCAUGCCGACCGCGCUGGGUCAGGCGUACUGGGUCUUUCGACUAUGGGAAACCCCCUUGGGUCGCUUUGCUUCGUACAUGUGCGCCUGGAUCAACACAUUUGGCUGGUGGACUUUGACCGCAUCACAGGUCGCAUUCAUGACUGAGUUUCUUCUUGGCAUGAAAGUCAUGUUCAACCCCUCGUGGGGAGGCGCCAGCAUUGGGUGGCUGCAGUUUCUCGUCUACAUCGGCUGCGUGCUUGUCCUAACCGUGAUCAACGUCGUGGGCUGCAGGAAGGAGAAAAUCCUCCCCUGGAUCAAUAACUUCGUCGGGGUCUGGUUCACCGCGUUGUUCGUCAUCCUGUCGCUAGCGUUGCUUAUCUCUGUCGGAGUGAAGGAGGAUCUGUCGUUCCAGCCGGCCUCUUUCGUCUUUGGCGAAUGGAUGAACCAAACCGGCUGGAGCGACGGGGUGGUGUGGUUUACGGGACUAGUCCAGGCCGCAUACGGGCUGACAGCUUUCGACGCGGUCAUUCACAUGGUUGAAGAAAUUCCUGCCCCCCGGAAGAAUGCGCCCAGAGUGAUCUGGUUGGCUGUGCUACUUGGCGCUGUCACUGGGUUUAUCUUCAUGCUCGUCUGUCUGUUUUGUAUCCAGAAUGUGGAUAAGGUGGUUGAUUCACCCAGCGGACUCCCGUUCAUCGAACUAAUGCUCGAGACGAUUGGCCUGAAAGGCGGCGCGACCUUGAUCGCAUUGUUUAUCUUCAACGGCCUUGGACAGGGCAUCAGCAUCUUAACGACCGCGUCUCGACUGACAUGGGGAUUUGCACGAGACGGUGGAUUACCUUGGAGCGGUUACCUGAGCCACGUGGAUCCAGUGUGGAAAGUGCCCGCACGGUCACUUUGGUUCCAAGGCGUUCUGAUCGCCUUGGUCGGCAUUCUGUAUCUCUUUGCAAACACUGUCCUCGAGGCUAUUCUAAGUGUAAGCACAAUCGCCCUUACCAUCUCGUAUGGUUUACCCAUUGCCGCUCUGCUCGUCGUCGGACGGGAUAAGUUGCCACCGGGCCAGUUUAAUCUUGGGCGAUGGGGAAAGCCUUUGAACUGGGUCAGUAUCAUCUACUGUGCCAUCACAACGGUAUUCUUCUUCUUCCCUGGCUCGCCAAAUCCGGCAGCAGGUGAUAUGAAUUACGCGAUCGCCGUCUUUGGAGUGAUGCUCGUGGUGGCGGUCGGGUUCUGGUUCAUCCAAGGAAGUCGCACCUAUUUGAAGACAGAGGAUGCCAUUGCGCAGAUGAUUGUUGCGCAACGGCUGGAGAAUGACGGAGGGGUUGAGUCGGAAACGAAGAAGGAAUAGAUGGAUCGGUAUAUAUAUCAGCGGCAACGUCACGUUGCGUUUCAAGGGUUAUAUAGGUCUUCUCGUAUACUGUGAACAUGUUAGAUUACAAAUAUGCUUAUCAUAUAACUGUCCCGAUACCUAUAGAGCGG